AGGCGUCGCGCACCUCGAAAAACAGCUCGCUGGCGCGCUUCAUACACCACGCUGGCGCUCCCGAGGGGGGGGGGUACCUGCAGCAGCUCGUCUGGCUCAUGGAGUGGGCGGACGAGCUUCGCGAGCCCCCCAGGGCUGGCGUGCUCGCAAGUUUCGUGGACUCCAGUCUCUUCGAGCGCGUGGUGCAGGCACGUGACUGGGAAGGGGCAGGUAUCUCCCACGCUGGUGACCAACUGGUUCGGCGAAUUCUGCUCAACUGUGCGUUUAUGGUCAUGGCGGCGAACGACGACAUGGCGAACUAUCAAAACCCCAGCCCGAUGCUGAGAUACCUCGCCGAUGCUUUCCAGCUGUUUUUCACGAUGGAGCUCUUGCUGAAGCUGUGGGUGCACCGCUUGUACUUCUUCUGGAACCAGGACGCCGGUUUCAACACAAUUGACUUCUUCCUUGUGGCCAGUGGUCUCGUGGACAUGGUCGUGCGAAGUUUGGGAUCUGGAUCCCUCGCGCUGCGCACCGUGCGCAUCCUGAAGAUUGGGAAGGCGCUGCGGGCAGUGCGGGUCAUAUCGAAGUUCCGGAACCUGCGCGCAAUCCUCGUCUGCAUUCAGGGGUCCGUCGACACCCUCAUGUGGAGCGUGCUAAUGCUCUGCGUCGUCUUCUACAUGUUCUCCCUCAUCUUCGUCCAGCAGGUAGCCGGCCUCCUCCAGGACUUGCACGAAGUGGGCCAUGAGGAGCUGUCGGAGGAGCGCCAGCUACACGUGGACUACCUGGUCUUCUGCUUCGGUAACGUGUGGCAGGGCAUGCUGACGCUCGCGAUGGCGGCCCUCGGCGGCGAGGAUUGGGGGAUGCCCUACCGGAGCCUCGAGGAAUGCGGCUGGAUCGCGGCCUUCUUCUACCUAAUUUAUCGCUUUUACGCAUAUCGCGCUAAUAAAUAU